CUCGUUUCACCGCUAUCUGCUACAUUGUUGCUGGUGAGUUGAACCUUUAAAUCGACUUGUGAGCACUGCCAAGAACCAGUCUUUUGCAGCAUUGCUUACCUCAGAAUGAGUACUCUAGGUGUUGUGCUGGCACUUGCUGAGAUCAACGAGGUCAAUUUUCACGCCACCAAGUGGCAGCGAUGUCUUCUUACCAUAGGAGUUGCUGCUGUGGUGUCUGCUUUCAACGCACUAGCAGCUACACACCUCUCAGUUGCAGAAGGAGUAUUUGCACUAUGUCAUGUCUAUGCAUUGGUUCCAAUCGUUGUGUCACUCUGGGUUCUGGCGCCAAAGCGAUCUGCGACCGACGUAUUUCUUCACUUCACAGACAAUGGCGGUGAUUGGCCGACUAUUCACCUUUCCGUGCUAGUCGGGCAGCUACCUAGUAUCUUCACAUGGCUCGGCAGUGAAGCCACAUCGCAUAUUGCCGAGGAGAUAGAAGAGCCGGACACAGUGCUACCGCGAUGCAUGGUGUGGAGCUAUUUCAUCAACGCACCUGGAACACUCUUGGUACUCCUGACCUACGCGUUCAACAUAUCGAAUCUGGACGAAGUCAUGAGCGACGUGGUCCCGCUGGUGUCACUCCUCCGGUCAGCCUUCCUCUCCAAGGAAGUGACGACGGGCUUGGUGACCGUAUUGCUGCUUUUGGUAUUCAUGGUGGCUAUCAGCACCAUGGUGUUAACUUCUCGGCAUCUCUUUGCUUUCGGACGAGACAGGGCACUAUACUCGUCUCCCUGGUUCGCAAAGAUUGAUACAAGACUGGGAGUUCCCCUCAAUGCGAUCUAUUCGACCCUAUUCUUCACCGUUAUUCUCUCCACAGUCACCAUUGGAAACAGUCAUCCACUUUACACUAUGAUGGGACUGGCCGUUGCAGCAUUAAUGACUUGCUACAGUAUCUCCAUUGCAAGCCUGAUGUUGAAACGACUGAGUGGGGAGGCUCUCCCUCGUGCGAGCUGGUCACUUGGUAAAGCUGGUAUCUGGAUCAAUGGAGCCGCUUUAUUGUACUCGGUAUGGUCACUAUUUUGGUCUUUCUGGCCGAUCAAGUACCAACCUGGUGCUACAGACUUCAACUGGACUCUUGUGCUAUAUUUCUUCGUUCUCGGCUAUGCUUCGGCCUUUUUGAUCGCCGGGCGGCGACGAUUGGGUAAACAUCUCAAGGAGAUGAAGUCUGAUUUGACAUUACGGAUGGAUUAGUACUGUAUUGAUUCUGGAGCUCGAGCCGAGGUGGAGUCAAGUUCGGAAAUCGUUGUCAUUUCUACCAAUUCGGCAUAUCCUUGAAGCAGUCGUUU